AUGAAUAACAGUUACAUGGAUACCAGUGACAGUAGUGACAAUCCAAUUGAUUUGUCCCGUCGAUGUGAUUCGGUGGAAACUCGUAAAACACCAUCACCCUACAAUUCAUCGUCGUUUGUUGAAACAUCGCCAAGCUUAGAAAAUGAUUCACCUACAUCAAACUCGCGCAAAAAGGCACUCAUUCGAUCGGACACUCCGCCAAAUUGUUAUCAAUCCACCAAGUACAUUCAGCGUGAAUAUUCAACAUCAUCACAAGGCUCGUCAAGAUAUCCCUAUGCCGUUCCCGGUAAACGCAGUCCACCAUCGCCAAAAGCCACAUCGAUGCAUCAUUUCAUGCACGAACAAGCGAUCAAUUCAAACGAAGAUGAAAUCAAUCCGUACAUCAUGCACGCCGUUGCUUUACAACAAAAACUGCAAAGUAUUCCCGCAUCGGUGUCGGCCAGUGCACCAUCAUCACCUGAGUCUGGGUCCAGUUCACAGUAUCCAAUGAUGUUGGGCCGUGAUGGAAAAAUGGCACGACCAUUCAAAGCAUAUCCACGUGAUCCAUUGAGCAAUCCUUUUGCUUCGAUUCCAACAUCCGAUUCACUCACCGAUCGCAUGUCUGCCGAACGAUUCAACGUCUUCCGUCAACAAAUGCUCGAACAAAUCCAUGCAGCCAAUGGAGGUCGACCCACCAUUACAAAUCCCAAAAUGCGACGAUCUUCAGCGAAAAAUUUCAAUGACAGUGAACAAAAUUCCGAAAUAGAAUUUUCACAUCAAAUUGAUGUACCGAGUCAACCUGUCAACUGCCCAUCAGAUUCGUCGGAGGGUAACACAAAAAAACCACUCAAAGAUAACGCCUAUUUUGAACGACGCAGAAAGAAUAAUGCGGCUGCCAAAAAAUCACGCGAUCGUCGACGCAUCAAAGAAGAUGAAAUUGCCAUUCGGGCCGCUUAUCUGGAACGAGAAAAUAUGGAAUUGAAAAUUGAAUUGGCCACCACCAAGAGACAACUCGCACAAUUUGUACCGUCGUAG